ACCACGUGGCGAAGGCAGUGCCUAUUUUUAUGAGACAUGCUCACAUGAACAACAAAACACGAAGAAUCAUAAGCUAUCUUCUUGUAACAUUUUGAUUUUUACUAAGGAAGAAAGAUUAAAAAAAAUGCAGUCGAUGAAAGAAACAGCUUCGAACAUUGCAGCUUCUGCAAAGUCUGGCAUGGACAAGACCAAAGCUACCUUGGAGGAAAAGGCGGAGAAGAUGACGACGCGAGACCCUGUUCAGAAACAGAUGGCCACACAGAAGAAAGAAGCAAAGAUUAACCAGGCUGAGAUGCAGAAGAGAGAAGUGCGUGAGCACAACGCUGCCAUGAAAGAAGCUGCUGGAGGUGGAACCGGAACCGGUUUAGGUUUGGGGUCAGCCACUCACUCAACCACUGGACACGUCGGACAUGGGACUGGGACCCACCAGAUGUCAGAUUUGCCUGGUCACGGAACGGGACAAGCAACCGGACACGUUGUGGAGAGAACGACCUUGACAGAACCUAUCGGGACAAACACUGGAACUGGUCGGACCGCUGCUCAUAACGCCCACGUUGGUGGUGGCACCACUGGGUACGGAACUAGUGGAGGAUACACUGGAUAAGGCGAUUUCUCAUAUAUAUGCUUUUGUGUGUUCAUAUUGCUUUUCGGGUCCUACCUUUUGUUUUCUCUCCUAAUAAAUAUGGUUUCUUUUCUUGUUUUUUUUUGGUCUGGUGACAGACUUAACGUUGUGUCUUUCUUAUAAUAAUUAUGUUAAUUUUCAGUAA